CAAACUUUUCACGUGACCACUGUGGGCUUUCUGUUAUGACAGCGAAUGAAUGGUUCAAAAAACUUGUUAGCUUGCUAUACUUUUGCCAACUAUUCGUGUAUUUGCAGAAAACUGGAAUUGCAAAAUGUUCUCUGCUUUGUUUGCAACGUUGAUUCUCGUUCUGGCUGUGCAUUCUUUAGGUUCGUCUCCAAACUUUAUUCUUCUUUUUGCAGAUGAUUUGGGUUUCGGGGAUUUGGGUUGCUAUGGACAUCCCAGUUCACUUACCCCUAACUUGGACCGACUGGCAUCCGACGGUCUCCGAUUUACUGACUUUUACUGUACCAGUCCUGUAUGCAGCCCAUCGAGGGCAUCUUUGCUGACUGGGCGCUACCAGACCAGGUCGGGGGUGUAUCCUGGAGUUCUCUAUCCUGGCUCCCGUGGAGGUCUACCUCUCAACGAGACUACCAUAGCUGAAGUGCUCAAACCGCUGGGCUAUGCCACCGCUGCUAUGGGGAAGUGGCACCUGGGUCUUGGGCUCAAUGGUACAUACCUGCCCACUCGACAGGGCUUUGACAGCUACCUCGGAGUCCCAUACUCGCACGACAUGGGACCCUGUCAGAACCUGACAUGUUUCCCUCCAGAUGUUAAAUGCUAUGGGUACUGUGAUGUCGGCGUGGUAACCGUUCCCCUGAUGAACAAUGACGUUAUCAAGCAGCAGCCUGUGAACUUCCUGGAUCUAGAGAGGGCUUACAGUGAUUAUGCUACAGAUUUCAUCACUUUGUCGGCCAGGAGACAACAGCCAUUCUUCCUCUACUACCCGUCCCAUCACACUCACUACCCCCAGUAUGCUGGUCCUGGGGCUGCAGGCCACUCUCUCCGGGGGCCAUUUGGAGAUGCACUUCUGGAGUUUGACACCACCGUGGGGAACCUAUUGUCAAGCCUCGAACAGAAUGGGGUUCUCAACAACACGCUUAUAUUCUUCACAGCCGAUAAUGGACCAGAGCUGAUGCGUAUGUCACGGGGAGGAAACUCGGGGUCUCUAAAGUGUGGGAAGGGCACCACUUAUGAGGGGGGCAUGAGGGAGCCUGCCAUAGCCUACUGGCCUGGGACCAUCAGAGCUGGGGUCACACAUGAGCUAGCCAGCACUUUGGACAUCCUGCCCACCAUCGCAGGAUUUGCAGGUGCCAAAUUACCCAGUGUUCAGUUGGAUGGUGUGGAUAUGACUGAUAUUUUGGUCAACCAUGGAAAGAGUAAGAGGGAGGCCAUGAUGUUCUACCCCACAGACCCCAGUGAGAAGUAUGGCAUUUUUGCUCUCAGGCUUGGGAAGUACAAGGCCCACUUCUAUACACGAGGGGCUAGCCACAGUGAGACCACCCCGGACCAGGCUUGCCACAUCACUGCCUUCCUGACGGCCCAUGACCCCCCGCUGGUAUUUGACCUGGAAGCUGACCCCUCAGAAAACUACCCCCUCUCCAUUCAGGAACACCCAGAACUCAAGUUACUGCUGGAGAAGAUCCAGAGUUUAAAGACCCACUUUGAUGCCUCCAUGGUGUUUGGAGAGAGCCAGAUAGGGAAAGGAAGUGACCCGGAACUACAGCCCUGCUGCAACCCCCACUGCAGCCCUAAACCUAGCUGCUGCCAGUGUUGAGAGACACCGUACUUUCAUAGUCCUGGGACUUUCAAAGAUCUGUUGAGGGGGGCACACACAUGCACUUUAAUACCAUCACCCAAAAACAGCUAGGCUGAAAAGGGCAGACUUGGCUUGGAUUACCAGUACUGUACACGCAUGUUCAAAACCACAGGAUACAUGAGGUAAAUAAUUGUUGUUUUCAUACUGCAUUCCCUUCCUUAACUCAUUAGAUGUGUUUUAUUACUUUAACAUUGUUCUAAAUGUUUCUCAAAAUCCGAAUGUGUGCCUUCCUACUGAAAAGUGUACUGCUGAUUUGAUAUUUGUGUUGUGAAUCAAUUGUUUCCUCUGUGAUGACAGCUGAUGUGAAAUCCCUACAGGAUCAAUUCUACGAAUUUAGAGGAAAUGUUUUGGGGUUUUUCUUAACUACUUUAUUAAGUGUUGUAAGGGAAGAGACAAGAAAGACAAUCGGACAUUGUUCGGACAUCAAGCAUAUAUUUUAUUCAUAAGACCAAACCCAUGACAAGGCAGAGUGUUUUUCAUUUUUUCUUCAUUUAAAUUUUGAUUUUUUUACAAGUCCUU